AUGAAUGGUGAUCUCUACAUCGCUGACGCCUACAUGGAGCUGCUCGUUGUCGGGGCUGAAGGCGGCUUGGCCACCCGGGUGGUGACUCAAGCACAAGGAGUUCCAUUUGCAUUUCCCAACGGUUUAGACAUCAAUGAUGAGAAUGGAUUAGUCUAUUUUACUGAUAGCAGUUCUCGUUAUCAAAUGAGAAACUACCUUUCCGUUAGAUUAAGUGGAGACACAACCGGAAGAUUAAUGAGUUAUGAUCCUCAAAGCAAGCAAGUAGAUGUUUUACUUAAAAAUCUCUCAUUCCCAAAAGGGGUGGCACUAAGCCAAAAUGGAGAUUUCCUUUUGAUUGCAGAGACCACGUCUUGCAGGAUCAUGAGGUAUUGGCCAAGAACUCCCGAGGCUGGGACUUUUGAAGUCUUUGCACAAUUGCCAGGAUUUUCAGACAACAUAAAGAGGAGUCCAAGACGAGGAAUUCACUCAAAAAGAAAAAAGAGAGGCGGCUAUCCGGCCGCAACGGACAUGAAUGGCUUCCAUGAUUUCAUCAAGAAGUCGCUGCACGUUGAGGUCACGAAGGCGCAGUUAUCCAACAAAGUCCGGAGGUUAAAGAAGAAGUACUCAAACAACGCGGCAAGGAAGAAAUACAACCCUACGAAGCCGCAUGAGCAGAACGUCUUCGAGCUCUCGAAGAUCUGGGGCGGCGGCGGCAGCCGUGCCAGCGUCUCUUCGCCGAAGUCGAACGGCGCUGCAAAGAGUAACGGAAAGGCUACCCUGGCUUCACCUGCAGCUCCGAAAGAAGGUUCUAGAAAGAGUGAGAUUGGUGGGAAAUCGAGCGUUUCAGUGCGUUCGAGUGAGAUGAUUAGAUUUGGUAUGAGGAGCUUACCAGAUGAAUCAUUAGAUUUGGUUGUGAUGAAGGGACUCGAUUUGCUUCCGGAUGCGAAGAAAGCCGAGUUGGACGCCAUGUGGAAAAAGCUUCACAUUGAUGAACUGGAGCUUUUUGUAGAGAAGAAUCAGUUGAUGAACGAACAAGUCAAGUUGGUCCUCGAGAAGCUCAAGUCUUCUGAUCAUUAGUGGGUAUUGGUGUGGUAUGCUUUGUAACUUAUAAUGGCUUUUCGGUUUCAUUUUGCCUUUCAAAAGCGGAGGUUUUUGCUUAUUAACUUUGUUAUGUUCAGUGUUUAUUGCUAAAUUUGAAACACCUUGACUUUCAAAAGCGGAGGUUUUUGCUUA